CAAAUUUCCUGGUACGCUUAGGAUAUUUUGACCUUGAUUCCUUUUCUUAUGUACGAUAUCCAGCGAAAAUCGAGUACCGCCCAGCAACCCAAACAAGACACCAGCGAUAGCCAGCAGAGCGAAAAACCGACCGAUAUCGGACUGGACCCCACAACAGCAGCACCAGCACCAGCACCAGCGCGAAGACAGCAACAAGCAGACGAAGCGUGCAGACGGACGCUGCAGAAGGGACCAGUCAAGGAGCUCAGUGAGGCGGGGGCACAGGCGUGCGAUCAAGCGAACAGCCAAGCCAAGUGAAACACACUGCAGAACACAUCAUCUAAUCAAAGAGGAUGGCGAGUUAUGGGGACCUGGAUGCGCAGAUUGCGCGGUUGAAGUCGGGGGAGCGCCUGUCGGAGGAGGAGAUCAGGGUGCUGUGCGAGAAGGCGCGGGAGCUGCUGGUGGAUGAGAACAACGUGCGUGAGGUCAAGUGCCCCGUGACAGUGUGCGGCGACGUGCACGGCCAGUUUUACGAUCUCAUGGAGCUCUUUCGCAUUGGCGGCGAUGUCCCAGACACAAACUACCUCUUCAUGGGUGACUACGUUGACAGAGGCUACUACAGCGUCGAAACCGUCAGCCUACUCGUCGCUCUUAAGGUGCGGUAUCCAAGCCGCAUCUGCAUCCUUCGCGGCAACCACGAGAGCAGACAAAUCACCCAGGUGUACGGCUUUUAUGACGAGUGCCUGCGCAAGUACGCCAGCCCGGCCGUGUGGACCUACUUCACAGACCUCUUUGACUACCUGCCAUUGACUGGCCUCGUCGAGAACCAGAUUUUCUGCCUUCACGGUGGCUUGUCACCAAAUGUUGAGACGCUUGACGUGAUUCGCGCUAUGGACCGCAUCCAAGAAGUGCCGCACGAGGGCUCCAUGUGUGAUUUGCUGUGGUCGGAUCCGGACGACAGGAUGGGGUGGAACGCGUCGCCGCGUGGUGCUGGCUACAACUUUGGUCCAGAUGUGUCUGCAAAGUUCAACGAGACCAACGGGCUGACCCUCAUUGCGAGGGCGCAUCAGCUGGUCAUGGAAGGUUACAACUGGAGCCACGAGCGCCACGUCGUCACCAUCUUCAGCGCGCCAAACUACUGUUACAGAUGCGGCAACCAAGGUGGCAUUCUUGAGCUGGAUGAUCUGCUUAACUACACGUUUUUGCAAUAUGACCCUGCACCAAGGCCCGAGGGCUUCCACAAGCUGCCCCGCGCCCCAGACUACUUUCUCUGAGAGGAGUCACUCGUGUGUACCUCUUUUGCCGUGUGUCGUUUCCUUGCCGUUUGUGCCUGCGCUCGCUCGCUCGCUUGUAUGCUUGCUCUUUGUCGUCUCGCAUCGUGUUGUCUCUCUCUUCUCGUGUCAUCCAGUCCGCUUUUCUAUGUGUCUGCAUGUCGCGUGUCGCCACAGAACCCAACCCCACAAUUUUCUGUCGUUGUGUAUUUGGGUGCUGAGUCAGGUGUUUGGGCCCGUGUGCCGAUUUCUUUAGUUAAAUCUCGAAAGAUGUC